CUUCUCCCUAUAUAAUCUCCAUUUCUCCAGCCCCAUCUCUUCGUAUCCAUCGCUGCACCAUUUGUUCUUCGUAUCCAAAGCUAUCACCCAUGGCGCCGCCUUCACUCACUCUUCAUCUGUUUGGCGUUUGGCUUCUAUUUUCCUCGGCGGCAUUGUCCUUGGCCCACCCACUAACACAUCGCCAUCAAUUUGUUAUUCAAGCUACCCCAGUGAAGAGGCUGUGCAAAACCCACAAUGCCAUUACGGUGAAUGGCCAGUUCCCUGGGCCAACCUUGGAGGUCAACAAUGGCGAUACUCUCAUUGUCACUGUUAUUAACAAAGCCAAGUACAACGUGACAAUUCAUUGGCAUGGAAUCAGGCAGCUACGGACUGGUUGGGCUGAUGGACCCGAAUUCGUGACUCAAUGUCCGAUCAGACCCGGAGGAAGCUAUACUUAUAAAUUCACCAUAGAAAGUCAAGAAGGGACUCUAUGGUGGCAUGCACAUAGCUCAUGGCUUCGCGCCACGGUUUAUGGAGCCUUAAUCAUCCGCCCUAGACAGGGAGAUUCCUACCCUUUUCCCAAGCCAAACCGCGAAGCAAUACUGCUAAUGGGCGAGUGGUGGGAUGCAAACCCCAUUGACGUAGUGAGACAGGCCACAAGAACGGGAGCGGCUCCCAAUGUCUCUGAUGCUUUCACUUUCAAUGGUCAACCCGGUGACCUUUACAAGUGCUCUAGCCGAGAUACUGUAAUUGUGCCUAUCGAUUCCGGCGAGACCAAUUUGCUGAGAGUGGUGAACUCCGGCCUGAACCAGCCGCUUUUUUUCACGGUGGCGAACCACAAACUGACGGUGGUUGGAGCCGACGCUUCCUACACAAAGCCCUUCACAACCUCUGUUUUGAUGCUCGGCCCUGGCCAAACCACCGACGUUUUAAUCUCCGGCGAUCAGGUCCCUUCCCGGUACUACAUAGCGGCACGUGCGUACCAAAGCGCUCAAAAUGCACCGUUUGACAACACCACCACGACUGCCAUUCUCAACUACAAAUCUGCCCCUUGCUCCGCCAAGAAAGGCGGCGUGUCGAUUAAACCACUCAUGCCUCCGCUCCCUGCCUACAACGACACCGCCACCGUCACCGCCUUCAGCCGGAGUUUUCGUAGCCCUCGACCCGUCCCAGUCCCGAAGGAAAUCGACGAGAAUCUGUUCUUCACCAUCGGAUUGGGACUCAACAAUUGCCCACGUAAUUUCAAACCCAGCCAAUGCCAAGGCCCCAACGGAACCCGCUUCACAGCCAGUAUGAACAAUGUCUCAUUCCUACUUCCUUCCAACAUCUCAAUUCUUCAAGCCUUCCAACAGAGGAUUCCCAGCGUCAUCACCCCUGAUUUCCCGGCCAACCCGCCGGUGAAAUUCGAUUACACCGGCAACGUCAGCCAAUCGCUUUUUCAACCGAUUCCCGGUACUAAAGGUUACAGAUUAAAAUACGGGUCGACAGUACAAGUCGUGUUACAAGACACUAGCAUUGUAACGCCUGAAAAUCACCCGAUUCAUCUCCAUGGUUACGAUUUUUACAUCAUCGCCGAGGGAUUUGGGAAUUUCAACCCCACAACUGAUACUAAAAAAUUCAACCUCGUUGACCCUCCUCUUAGAAACACCGUCGCCGUCCCCGUCAACGGCUGGGCCGUCAUCCGAUUCGUCGCCGAUAACCCAGGUGCUUGGAUAAUGCAUUGUCACUUGGACGUGCAUAUCACGUGGGGGUUGGCGAUGGUGUUUCUGGUGGAUAAUGGAGUGGGACAUCUGCAGUCAAUAGAGUCGCCGCCGCCGGAUCUCCCGAUAUGCUAAGACCGCCAAAAUUAAAAAUCACAGCAAAUUGGAAUUAGUUUCUGGGUUUUUUUUUUUUUUUUUCCCGUUUUUAUUAGCAUUGAGGGCCAUAGAAUAUGCUCUGUUUCAUUGUUAUCUUCAUUUUGAUUUAUAAAGUUCUUUGCAGACCUCAAAUUC